AUGACCCAGGUCUCAGAGUCACCUUAUCAAACCGAAAAACACCUUCAUUAUCAUGAGACAAAUGAUUUAGACGAAUAUCUCCAAGAAAACGAACAAGAAUUAAUCAACAAUGAUACAAACGCUUUACCCAAUGAUCUUGCUCGAUUUUCGACCGAGUCGUUACACAGUUUUAGUUUUGUUGCGAACGAUUCUUCAUCCUAUGAAAAUAUUCUUCGACGUUCAUUCGAUUUCAUGAAGAAUAAGUUAAAAGGAUGGAGACUUCCCGUAGUACAAAAUGCGUUAUUCUCGCCGGUUGUUUCAACUUUUCAAUCAGCUGAUAUAGUUCUUCCUUCAGAGUCAAUUUGUGAUAUUAAUGAAUUAGGGUCAUCUCGGAAAUUUAAAGGAGCGUUUGACAUUCCAUCACUUUAUACUAGUAUGAAUACUUCAACCUUACAUUCUCCAACUAGAUUCACUCCUCAAAGUCAGGCUAUCAUUACAACUAAUAGUCUAAGUAACAUUUUAUGUGCAAAUGACAUUGCUUGCUUGAUAUUUGGUUACUCAAGAACUGAGUUAAGUAGUAUUAGAGCUUUGGAUUUGAUUGCCAGUCCCUUUCGGGAAAAACAGGAACGAUCCCUCGCCUCUAGGCCUCAAAAUGAUGACGAUAAUUGUGAAGUCGUAUUGGCUUGCGGAAAAGUGAUACCAAUACAAAGAAAAAAUGAAGAAACAUCCGCUGCUUCAUUAUGGUUAAAGGUGAAAAAGGAUGAAAGUGGAGAAUCAGUUUUUAUCUGGAUUUUCGAAGAAAUUGUUGAAACAAUGAUGACUGCAGAAAUUGACGAGAGGGCUUUGUAUGAUUAUUCAUCUCAAGAAAUUAUCGGAAUGUGUAUUACCACAUUAAUUCCGGCAUUUGAGACUGUUGGGUCCUCAUAUGAUGACAACACUAACGAUGAUAUGGACAUUGAUAAACCUGUUAAAUUGAAUUCAUCAUUAGACAUUGAAAAAAUAAAUAAAACAAAAUUCUACGGUAGUCGUUCAAAGAAUGAUGGCAAUUUUCCAAUAAUUGGUAAAAUUUCAUUACAAUCCGUUCAAGAAGAAACAGAAGAUGAUGAAAAUACAUGUACACUUUAUCGACUAAAGAUCAUAUCCAUUCCUACCAUUGCUGGUGUUAUAACUGCACACAAGACUGGGGUCAUCCAAUCGUGUAAUUCUGAUUUCGUUAAAUACUUAUUCGGUGUUGGUGCUCAUGAAUUAAUUGGGAAACGUUAUAUCGAAUCUCUUUUACCACAAUUUCCUCGACUGGUUGAAUAUUUGACCUCAGAGAGAGUUCUUGUAGAAGGCAUUUUAAUUACCGAACAUGCUUUCCGUAGAGCUGCUUCAUUCAUUUCGAAAAUGUACACUCCCGGUAAAGAGUUUCACGUUUCAGGACAAGGUCCUUCCGGUAUAAUAGCUGUACAUCGGGACGGUACAAGAUUUGAUGUAGAUAUUCAAAUGAGAGUUGUAGAAUCACCAGAUGAACCCCUGCAUGUGUUAUGGAUUACCUAUGAUCGUAACGUAAAUUUUGUAAAAGACCAAUCAUUGGAGGUUAAUAGUUCGGUCCCAAUGCCAAUCGCUUACGAAAAGAAACAAGAAGAAUACAAUAAUCAUGUUCACGAAGUUUCUAAACCAUCUAGACAAUUAGAUAGAAACGAGCAAGAUGAGGAAGAAAAAUUCCCUCUAUCAAAAUUCAUUGCGGCUGGUGGAAAACCCCCACCAUUGAAGCGUUUAUCUACUGAUAACAGAAAAAUAACACGUCCACCUUCAAUAUCCUCUGCGCCCGAGUCUUUUGAUCCAAUGUUAUACUCGGCAAUAACAUUAACAAAGUCUAUUAACGACUUUAUAAUUGUGGAUAAUUUGGGUCAAGGAGCUUAUGGUCAAGUAAAUUUAGCAUAUAACAAAAAUGACCCCGAAAAGAAGAGAGUUGUACUUAAGUUUGUCGUCAAAUCAAAAAUACUGGUGGAUUGUUGGACUCGUGAUAAGUCACUCGGCACUGUUCCAUUAGAAAUUCAUAUUCUUCAUACUCUAAGACGUCUACCGCAUCCAAAUAUCGUUCAAAUGGUUGACUACUUUGAAGACGACGAAUAUUAUUACAUUGAAAUGGGAUUGCAUGGGGAAGGAAUGGAUCUUUUUGAUUAUAUCGAGUUGAAUAAUACUAUGUCUGAAGCAGAAGUCAAGUCGAUUUUCCGUCAGGUUUCACGUGCAAUUCAACAUCUGCAUCACAAUAAGAUCGUGCAUCGUGACAUUAAAGAUGAGAAUGUGAUACUUGAUGAAAAUGGAAAUGUUCAAUUGAUAGACUUUGGUUCCAGCGCAUAUCUUAAAGAGAAAACAAAAUAUGAUACUUUCUGCGGAACUAUCGACUAUGCAGCACCUGAGGUUUUAACGGGUAAAAAAUACGAUGGUCCACCACAAGAUAUAUGGGCAUUAGGGAUUUUGUUAUACACCCUUAUUUACAGAGAAAAUCCUUUCUAUAACAUUGAUGAGAUAAUCGCAAGGGAUUUGAGAAUCCCAUAUAUAUUAUCUGAAGGAUCGAUUGACCUUAUUAAGUGUAUGCUUGACCGAGAUGUAGAAAAACGUCCGUCAAUCGACGAUGUUUUGAAUCAUCCUUGGUUACGAGAAGAUUAA